UUUUCAUUACUGUGUAUCUUAACAAAACUUGAUUUCGUUGACCUAGUCUCUCCCGCCAUGCGAAGUCUCUCUUUGGCGCCAAUUGAUUGUUGGAAGCAAAAAGAAAAACAAAACCCUUUCUCUCAGCAACAAAUCUGAAAAGAGAAACAUCACUCCGUUGUUGUGAAUCAAUGGCUUCGAGCUCUGCGGCGGAAGGAGUAUCAAUGGACGAUGAUUACGAAACCUUGAUUGCAACCACCGACGUGGAGCUUCUGAAGAGAGCGUGGCGCAACGAGAAGGCGGCCCCAGAGAUUCUCCGCUACGAAUCUAAAUUGGUUUCCCGCGUCAACAAAGUCAUUCAACUCAUGGAAGAAAUUGUGGAGGAAAAAUCCAGUGGCGGUACUGAUCCUCUUUCGGUGUCUCUAUAUCAGAUGGACUUGGAUAGAACUCUCUUUUUGUUAAGAUCCUAUCUCAGGAUCCGCAUCCAGAAGAUUGAAAAGUACGUGUUCCACAUCCAAAAAACUGAAGAACUUAGGAACAGGCUAUCUAAAUACGAGAAAGAUUUUGCCAAAAUGUGUGAAAAUGACCUAGAGCAACAUCUGGAUGAGAGUGUUCUGUCGAAGUUGCCUAAAGAUUAUAAGUCUGUUCUGAGGCAAUCUUCAAUGAGUGAAGAGGAUGACAUGGUCCCAGAACCACAACUAGACGCAUUUGUUUUGUGUAGAAGUAAAGAGUAUCUCACGGGCAUUCAACUCGAAGAUGGACCUGUUGAUGACAGGUCGAAGCUGUUUGAGAUGGAGCCAGGUGUCCUCCACUUCAUAUGUUACAAAUCAAUAAAGGCACUUGUAGAGAGUGGCAAAAUUGAUCUCCUCUGAUAUUUGCAAUGAUGCUUGUGCAAGUGACAUAGUGAAUAAGCAAGUGAUAUCCCUCCUUGUUUAAAUGUUCACAACAUGGGAGUGUCAGUGUAAAACAUAUAACAUAUAAGGUGGUAUCGUGAAAUACACUAUUUAUUCCUACAUUUUUUUUUUCAAUAUUGUGUAUGGAGCUGAUAUAGGACGUUGUCAAGGAAAGCAGUUUCAAACUUAUAAAGGGACAAUGUUUUCUCAUAUAGUGUCACGUGAAAAUUAAACGUGAAAUGAUUAGUGCAUGUUUGGAUAUCAGUUGCAUUGCAGUGGUGGCAAAA